AUGGUGGCCAGUCUAGGAGACCACGGGAGGCACACUUUGCCCCCAGUGAUGCCCACCCUUACCCACCUGGCUCAUUCACCUCCCUGCUCCUGGCUGCUGGCACUGCUUCUUGUCCUCUGGGGAGCUUCUGAGCAGAGCAAGGCGGGUAAAUGGCAGGUCCUGCAGCCUGAGGGCCCCAUGCUGGUGGCAGAAGGUGAGACACUCCUGCUGAGGUGUACAGUACUCGGCUCCUGCUCUGAUUACAUGAUAAAAUGGGUCAAGGUGAGCAACCAGGACCAGCAGGAAAUUUAUAACUUCAAACAUGGCUUCUUCCCCGGGGUAAUGCCCAUGAUCCAGAAGACACUGGAACCACUUAAUUGCGACUAUUCCAUCUAUAUCCACAAUGUCACCACGAAACAUGCUGGAACCUACCACUGUGUGAGGCUUGAUGGCUUGAAUGAGAACUCAGGAAAGAAGCUGGAUGAGGGCACCUCCGUGCUUGUGAAGAGGGCUGGGGACCCAGAGCCAGACCUCUGGAUCAUCCAACCCCAGGAGUUUGUGUUGGCAACCACUGGAGACACUGUCUUCCUGAACUGCACGGUGCUUGGAGAUGGUCCCCCCGGACCCAUCAGGUGGUUUCGGGGAGCUGGUCUGAGCCGGGAGGCCAUUUACAACUUUAGAGGUAUCGCCUACCCCAAUGUGACAGCGGUCCGGGCUUCCAACAAUGAUUUCAGCAUUCUUCUGCGUGGCAUCUCCACUGAGCAUUCAGGCACUUAUUACUGUGUAAAGUUUCAGAGGAAACCCAACAGGCAAUACCUAUCUGGACAGGGCACCAGGCUGAGAGUCAAAGCAAAGCACACUUCUCUCCAAGAGUCAGAAUUCACCAAUGAACGUGCAGCCAAGGUAUUUCCAUCAGGCCACCUGUCUGUGCUCACUCUUGCGGUCCUGGGGCUGAAAGCAAUGACCUUGGCUGCACUCCUGCUGGCCCUGGCUGCCCACCGGAGGAACCCUUGA